AUGGCGCGCCGGAAGGAUGCAUAUUUACGUUAGUGUGGUCCUGGAGAGGAACAGCGGCGCUCAAUAGUUUAGCGUCGGAUCGGCAGCCAAAGAGUGUAUUCGCUGCGUAAAAUCCGAGUUUUGCGCUGCCAAUUCUUUGAUGCUUUUUUUUGCGCCGAACAUAUUUCUAUAUCAGCUUUAUUCAUAUUCCUAAAUAUUUUUUUAAUUUGAUUCAGAAAUUUUUUUAGGGCAACCACUGGUGAGAGAAUGUUCGGCCAAACGAUCACCAAAAACCGUGCAAGUUCUUCCGAAAGGUUUUUUUACAAAAUUCUGAAAAAAAUUCUUCGAAGUCAUUUGCUUAGCAAGUUUUUUUCAGUAAUCCAAUUUUUGUUUUUUGAAAUUUUAAAAUUGAAUUUCAAGGAAGCCUGCGGUUCUAUAACAGCACCUAUAACAACUUGAGAAUCAACAAGGACACCAAAGUCAUCAUCCAAGGUUUUACAGGAAAGCAGGUAACCUUUAAUGCGUUUUUCAUGAAAUUAUUGAAAAAAAAUUAGGGUACUUUCCAUGGAAAGCAGAUGCUUGAGUACAACACAAAAGUUGUGGGUGGAGUGAACGAGAAAAAGGCCGGCACUACUCAUUUGAACCUCCCAGUCUUCAAAAAUGUCACCGAGGUUCGUGCCACUUAUCUUAUAUUAGUCAGAUUUUGAGUUCAGAGUGAAAGACAUUGCUAACGUAUUUUCAAUAAAAUUCCGGUCGUGGUUUUAAAAAGCUGCUACAGAAUUUUUCUGAAAUGAUUCCAUAUUUCUAUCUUCAUAACUUCAAUGCAAAUUAUUCGCUCAACAACUCUAUUUUUUCCAUGAGAAUAACGCUAUUAAAACUGAUUUAAAUCUCAAUUUCUUCAACUGUAGAAAAAAACGUUGUUUGCUUUUCUCAUUUUGAUUUUUCUGUUUUUUCGGCAACCUUUCCCAAAGCAAUAAUGCUAGAUGACAUCAAACAUCCUGUUUUUCAGGCACGUAACAAAACUGGAGCCGAUGCAUCAGUCAUUUACGUGCCGGCUUCUGCUGCUGCAAACGCCAUCGAAGAAGCCAUGGACGCUGAAAUUCCUCUUGUGGUCUGCAUCACCGAGGGAAUUCCUCAGCACGUAUGUAUUUAUCUUUAAAAGAAAAACAGAUUUUUUCACAAAUUUUAACUAGUAAAGCCUUUCAGGACAUGGUCCGAGUAAAAUCGCGUCUUGUGAAGCAGAACAAGACUCGUUUGGUUGGCCCUAACUGUCCGGGAAUCAUCUCAGCUGAUCAGUGCAAGAUUGGAAUCAUGCCAGGUCACAUUCACAAGAGGGUGAGGAGCUCUUUGGAAAGCUUUUUAUUACUCGAAUAGUUUUGCCACAGACUAGACUUUUUGAAUUUUUCCUCUCAGGGAAUCAUUGGCAUCGUUUCGCGCUCGGGUACUCUCACCUACGAAGCUGUCCACCAAACAACACAGGUCGGACUGGGACAGACUCUUUGCGUCGGAAUCGGCGGAGAUCCGUUCAACGGCACCAAUUUCAUCGAUUGUCUCAAAGUUUUCCUCGAGGACAACGAAACGAAAGGUUUAGACUUUUUGAGAACCUAGUAGAUUUCUUUUUUUAAAAACUAAAGAUGAACUAAAAAUUUUUUUUUCGAAAAAAAGGCUGAAACUGAUUUCAAAAAUGGCUUCCGAGCACUCAGCUGAAUCGACUAUCCAAUUGAUUGUCGAUCGUCUUAAUUUCUUUCCAAUGUUGAUAAAAUCUCACGUUUCAAUGCCUUGUGAAAAUGAACAGUGACUACUUGCCUUUUCGUGUGUUAAUCAUCAUCAUCAUUUCAAAAUAAAAAUUUUAAACAGAAAAUUCUAGGAAUCAUUCUCAUUGGCGAGAUCGGAGGUUCCGCUGAAGAAGAAGCUGCGCGAUUCUUGAUUAAAAACAAUUCGGUAAUAUAACCUAAAAAGUGAUAGAACUUCAAGGCAACUUCAGGGUAAAAACAGAAAGCCGGUUGUCUCGUUCAUUGCCGGUUUAACUGCUCCUCCAGGCAGAAGAAUGGGUCACGCUGGAGCGAUUAUCAGCGGAGGAAAGGGCACCGCUACUGACAAGAUCAAGGCUUUGCAGGAAGCUGGAGCUAUUGUUUGUUUUUUUCGUUUUUUCUUUUUUAGCCAUGUGAGAACUCAAGUUUUUAAGUUAUGAAUGUUUUUAAUAUACAAGUUAUAUUGAAAUAAACUUCUUUAAUGACGUCAUGGUGAAGCAGUUUAUUCGCUGGUACUACCAACGGGCCAACAUUAUUUCCCAACGCUACCUGUCACUCCGGGACGGGUAUAAUCCGACGUUACCAACAUGUUUGAUUUUCAGCAUAAAAGUAUAACCAUUCGAUCCGUCUCGUCGAGAUACGUACGAACAUCAUAAAAUUAUUUGGCGCUGACCACUUAGAAAAAUUUUAAGAUGAACUUUAUUAGCUUUCAAUCAAGUAAUUAUUCUGAGGAAUAGAAGUUUUUGCUUUUUCUUUUAAUGAAUUACUUAAAAAAAUAGGUUUAGUUUUGAGGCUUCACACGGAGGCGGAGCGCGUAUAGCGCAAAGCCGACUGUGGCUCGCUUUGAAAAAACUGAGCCACAGUGAACAAUUCGUCAAAUAAAUGAAAUACUUGACAUAAAAAGCAUGUAGUUUCAAAACGUGGACACUAAAAACACUAUCAGGUAGCUCUGAACGAUUUGCAAACUUGAUACGCGUAGCAAAAAAUCUGUGAAUGUAUUUCCCAAAAAAAAAAGAAAAAAUAUGAAAGGAGCAUACUGUGCGUAAGCGCGGGCUUCGACGCGGUCGCUUAUUUUUACUGUGGUUUCUCAUUUUUUUUUCUUUCUUGCAUUGUUUUAUUCGAAUAAUUUUCAAAUUUUUUCCUAUUUUAAAAGAUUUUUUUUUCUUAUGGCGUAGUAGCGAUAGUUGAAUUGAAUCAAAAAAAUGCAGCGAAAUUUUGAAAUUUUUUGAAAUUUUUUUCUGGUUUUUGCACAUCAUAAAGUUAUUUCUUCUUACUAGCGCCAAAUAAUUUUAUGAUAUUCGUACGUACCUCGACGAGACGGAUCAAAUGGUUAUACUUUCAUGCUGAAAAUAAAAAAUGUUGGUAACGUCGGAUUAUUCCCCGGGACGUAUUGGACAACGAUUGUGGACCGUAACCCGCGCCGACGACUAACUCUUCGAUUAUACCCUGAUUCAGCAGAGAUUUUUUUUCAUCUUACUCUGAAGACUGAAUAAAUUGAAAAAUUGAAUGACGUCACAAAAAUAAAAAGGCUUUUUUAAAAUUAAGAUUUACAGUAGCAACUAAAAAGAUAUUCUCAAACUUCUGAAGAAAAUUUUUCUUACAGAUGCAAAUUUGAAACUUUAUGUACUAUAGACGACUGUUUAAAAAAAACUAAUUUUUUCUCUACGAAACUCUAAUAAUUUGCUUUUCAAUACGAUCUAUUUAUUGUGUUUUUUUGCAGGUUACUGACUCUCCAGCCAAACUCGGAACGACCAUCGCCCAGGAACUCAUCAAGAACGUCUAA